UCGUCGAAAAUGCAACAAAACAAACGAACCAAGCCAUGUAAAAUGCGAAACAUAUAAUUUCCAUAAAAAAAAUUGUUAUAUCUUAAGAAUUGAGAUAACUAUCUAAUUAAUUAAAACAUUUAUGAUUCUAACUAUUUACAUACAGAAGACCGAGUAUUAGUGUCUAAUAUCGAAUUUUCCAUUGAGAAAAUGGAGCCGGAAAUAUGUCGUAUUUGUCUGAUGAAAACCGCUACGGUGUCCCUGUUCGAGGACGAGGGCGGCGUGCAGCACAGCGUGAGGGUGAUGCGCUGCGUGAGCGCGGUGGUGAUCUCGGCGGAGGAGGCGCUGCCGCGGCACAUCUGCGGCGGCUGCCUGGCCGAGCUGGCCGUGGCCGACCGCUUCCACUCGCGCGCCGCGGCCGCCGAGCGCGCGCUGCGGGCCGCCGCCGCCGCCGCGCCCGACGACCACUACUUCUUCCCUCCCGUAGACGAACAAAUAAAACUAGAAGUCAAAGAGGAAACUGAUGCUGCAGCCUUCUUCGAUAACGACUUUUUCGACGCAUUAAAUACUCACGAAUUGUCCGGUGAAGAUGUUAAACCUCUAAAAAGUAAUGUCAGUAGCAAGGUAAAGAAAAACAAAAAGAAAGUUGCAAACCGAGGUAAGGCUGGCCCAAUAACCUGCACAAUUUGUGGCAUUCUUGUGAACAGUCCGUCUGCUAUGAAGAUCCAUGUCCGCACCCAUACUGGUGAUAAGCCUUUCCAGUGCCAGUACUGUGCCUCCAGCUUCGUCUCCAAGGGAGCCAUGAAGCGCCACAUUGAGACCUACCACACCACCAGAGAGAAAAAGUUCACUUGUGAGACUUGUGGCAGCAGCUUCUACAGGAAGAAUGAUAUUAUCACACACAUGCGCCGACAUACAGGAGAAAAACCAUACAUUUGCCCUUUCUGUGAUAAAAGAUUCAUUCAAAUUUCAUCCCUUAUACGGCAUAAGAGAAUCCAUACGGGUGACAAGCCCUUCUUGUGUCCAAUCUGCAACAAGGGUUUCAAUGACAAAUGUCUGGUAACAAAGCACCUAUCUGUACACAGUGAUGAGAAGAAGUACUGCUGCCAGCUAUGCGGCAAGAGUGUGAAGAGCAAGAGCUCGCUGAGCGCACACAUGUCCCGCCACAGCAAUGAGAAGCACAAUGUGUGCAGCUUCUGCGGCAUGGCCUUCACCAUGAAGGGCAACCUGAAGAUCCACAUACAGAGAGUACAUUCCGAGAAGUCUGGUCAGUGCAAUGUGUGCAUGAAGACAUUCUCGGACCUGGAAGUGCACAUGCGGAAGCACACAGGCGAGAAGCCAUUCAUCUGUGACGUGUGCAGCAAAGCGUUUGCCACCAAGAGGAGUUUAUCCAACCAUGUUUUAUUCAAACACGAGAAUGUGAAGAAGUACGCGUGUUCGAUAGAGGAGUGCUUGCGCACGUUCCCCACGGCCACCAUGCUGGAGUUCCACCUGCUGAAGCAGCACGCGCAGCACACGCCGCACGUGUGUGUGCACUGCGCCCGUGGGUUCUACCGCACCAGCGACCUGUCGCGCCAUCUGCGCGUGUCGCACCAGCACGACCCGCGCCUGCAGGAACCCAACAUCACACUCAAGCCCGUCACGUACUUGACUGCGUAGUAGUGCUUUAAUUAUGAAUUAGUUAGUUUAAAUGUUAACUAAAGAGAUUAGAGCACAGAGGAAGUGCCAUUUAUAUACCUUUUUUACAGUAUUAUGUAUAUUUAUAAGUAUAUAAGGUUUAUUCUUAAUUUACUUUAGUAUGUUAGUUAAAUUAUACUACCUACCUAGGUUAUAACUUUGAAAAGACUAGCUAUAUUUACAAACUUACUGUUGCCUAGUCACUAGCAUAAGAACAGUCAUUAGAGCAUCUAAUAAGAA